AUGUCAAUCAAGCCUCUGGACAGUUUCAUCACCAAUUCAAUAUCGUUACUUGAAGCGAAUCCUUCACAAACGCUUGUGUCCAUUUCAUAUCGGAAUAAAGAUGGCCAGUCGCUAGCAUCAUUCAAAGCACACAACUCACACUUAGGAACAACGUACAAAUUUCGGACUUCUAAAUCCAAGGAUGUGUCUAGAUUGCUGAGUGCGCUAGGCCCACGGGGUGUUUCGAUAACUAAUGGAAGGAUUGAAAAGAAGAAGAGACAUCAAAAGUCAAAGGAUGUCAUUGGGAUGAGCUCGCUACUAGUCAAUACCGAUGUGAAAGAAGCUGUAGAGGAGGUGGCAUCGCAACCCAAAUCCAACAGCAAGAAGAAUAAGAAGAAGAACAAGAAUAAAAAACGCUAA